AAUUAAGGCUGUAGGUGAGGAGAGAUCUGUUAGAUGUUAACCAGAAGGCAAAGCACACACGAUGCUGUAUCGCAAUUAGCAAUAAAAGAAUCUGAGAGGCAUAAAAGAGUCUGAAAGCUGAACCACUGUAUAAACAAUCCAUUUUAACGCAUUGCUGGCAAGAGUUUCAGUGGGAGAGAGCCAUCGAUUUCUUUAUCAUCUUGUCUUGCUAACUGCUAAAUGGAAACAUAAUUCAAAGGUUUCAACUGUGGCAACCAGCACACCUAACAAAUCUGGAAAUUUUUCAGCCUCCCAUCUUUCUAGAACACUUGCUGGCUAUUAUAAAUAUCCCGUUUAUUGGGCACAUUUCCCGAAAGUAAAAGACUAAAGAUAGAUACUUAGAAUUGACUAACAAACAAUGAAAACAUCCACCUCCUUACAACAGCUGUUUAACCAAAUGGAAAUAUUGCCAUUAAAAAUGUAUUAGACAAAUCUGUCCCUUUUUCUAUUCAUGCACUUUUAAAAACCAGAUCACUAAAUUUCCAUAAUGUCCAUUACACAGUUAUUUGCAACUGUCUCCAGUGAGUAUUUCUUGGGCCACAGGUCAUUAAAGAAUUAACUAUUUAUCACAAAUAUCCCAGAUGUGCAAUUUAGACCUUGUGAUUAAUUAUAUACAAUCACAUUAUCCCCUCUGUUUUGUAAACACUGUAACUAAACAACACUACAUGCAUCGUAAAUUUUGGAAUUUAAAGCACAACUGACAUUUCCUAUUAUCAUGUUUCACUCUUGAGACUUAACAUUAAUUUUCUUGUCAAUAUUAAUGCUUGUAAAAGCUUGCUUUGCAAAAGCUUGAGUGCAAAAGGGUCGUAAGUGGGCUGCAAUAUAAAUUUACGUUAUAUUAUUUUCAACAGGAAAACAUAAUUGAAAUUCUGCUUUUGUAGUGACUUACCUAAAACCCCUUUAAAACUGCAAAACCGCUGUGUUUUCAGGUGGCCGGUGCGGAAGACUGUCAGUCCCUUGGCUACAGGGACGGACUGCCACCCAAUCCCAAAUAAAACAGUGGAGCGGAGUUUGCUCCCCGAAUGUUUUUUACCAGCACUACAGGCACCGGUGUACCCAGCCGGCCCCCACAUAUCUGGCAUUGUUUUAUCACUCUUAUUACAGGUACUUUUUUCUUCCACUGGGGUAAGCCAGUACUUCUUUCUUGUUUUUAUUAUCGGCUUGACUUAGCGACAGAGUCCCUCACGACAAACAUUUCCAGGGCGGUUUGUGCACGGCGCGCGCAGGUGGGUACCCGCCAUAGAAAACAAGCAUCUCUGCGGUUUUAAACACGUCUCCCACAAGCCCACGGCUCUCCCGACCCGGACUGACUGAGGGAUUACGCCGAAAAACAGCACCCCGGAGGGGCCGGAUGGAAGAACCACUGCGGGCCGGAGGAUUUGGGGACGCUCGGUCCGGCCCGCCGAGCCACCAGCAGCUCCGACCCCAUGGCGACCACGGCCCCGCGCGCGCGGGCGGGACAACCGUCCUGGCUGUCAAUCUCACCCGGGGCAGCCGGGGCUGCGCCUGCGCACUAGGAGCAGCACGGCGCCGCUCCACGGCGCCGUUUCCGGGAGCCUGACCUUCGCCGCUGGGCCCGGUGGGUCCGUCGCGAAAAGAUGUCGGCGCCGACGAUGGAGGAGAGGAAGGCGUGCUGGGGGGCCCGGGACGAGUUCUGGCAGUGCUUGGACCGGCACGCGGAGGACGGCUCCAAGUGCGCGGAGCUGCGGCGGGGCUUCGAGGGCCGGUGUCCGCAGCAGUGGGUUAAGUAUUUUGACAAAAGAAGAGACUUCUUAAAAUAUAAAAAAAAGCUUGAAACAGAAGGGUAUAGUCCUCCAGAAGCUGCUGGAAAGUCUUAGGUAGUUUGCUUUCAAAAUAAAUGAAGCGAGAAUAACUGCGGAAGGAAGCAGCAUGAGAAAGCAACAGAACCUGCUUGAGCUCAAGAACUGGUAACCCGACUGCCUCCCUGAAAUGCAGGCUGCUGUUCUUGCGAGGUCUCAUUGUGUCUGCUGAAAAAAAGGGUCAUGGAAAUCUUUUUCAUGAGUAUAAGUCAAAGAAAUACAGACUGUUCACAAAUCUAAGAAUUAUCUUAUGGGAAUAAACAACUAUUUAAUAAUGUGAUGUAUAUAUUCUAAAGAGAAGAAUAAAAGUGUUUUUCAGUAAGUGAA